AUGUCAAAUCCAGUUAAAAGAAAAUUAGUUAUAGUAGGAGAUGGAGCAUGUGGUAAAACAUCACUACUUUAUGUAUUCACAUUAGGAGAAUUUCCUUCAGAAUAUCAUCCUACAGUAUUUGAAAAUUAUGUCACUGAUUGUAGGAUUGAUGGUAAACCUGUACAAUUAGCACUUUGGGAUACAGCAGGGCAAGAAGAAUAUGAAAGAUUAAGACCAUUAAGUUAUAAUAAUUCCCAUAUAAUUUUAAUUGCUUUUAGUUUAGAUACACCUGAUUCACUAGAUAAUGCUCGAAGUAAAUGGGUUGUUGAAGUUAAAAAAUAUUGUCCAAAUACUCCAUAUCUAUUAUGUGGAUUGAAAAAAGAUUUAAGAACCGAUGUUAAUGAUAGAAUUAAUUUUGUUCAAUUUGAUGAAGGUCAAAAUAUGGCUGAUGUGAUAGGAGCUAAAAAAUAUUUAGAAAGUUCAGCUUUAACUGGUGAAGGUGUAGAUGAUAUUUUUGAAUUUGCUGUUCGAACAAGUUUAUUAAAUAAUGAAAAACCAAGUAAAGGAUGUUGUACAAUUCUAUGA